AUGAGUUUCAUGAAUUUUGGACAGAAAAAUCUUCCAAUCAAGCCUAAGGCUCCGAAAUACAAAACCGAGACCAUCAAAGUUCCGAGGCCGACUUUACCCAGUAGAACAUCGAGUAACAAUCUUCAAGCUAGAGGGCCUGCGACGAGGAUCACGGACACUCGUGGUAGGCUGGCAGCCUCCAGCCUUGCAACCAGCGCAGGUAAGAAGAGGAAGGAAAGUACAAUCAGCGGCAGUCGUGGCUCGAAAAUAAGUACAAAUAUCAAGUCGCGAAAAAGCCCUGGCCAUCGACCGUUGGAGAGUGAUAGCGAGGAAGAUGAAGAGAUUGGGAUACCCGCCAAAAGGAUUAAGCCGGAAAACGUGGAACUUGAUUUGAAGAGGAGUCUGAGGGACCAAAAGGCCUUUUCGACUGCAGCUGAUGAUGAUCAAGGUUCCGAAAGUAAAAUGAUUCACGCGGCCGAUGUUAUGAUGACGAAGCGCAGAGCUAAGAGGGUCGAGAAAGGGUUCAAUAGUAAAGAGGAGGGUGAAGCAAUUUUACUAAGAUAUCCAAGCGUUAGUCGCAAGGAAAGAUACCAAGUCAUCUCCGAAGGCGACGUCAUCGAUCAUGAUGAAGAGGAAUUGAUCAACCCUUACGAAGAAAUACCAAUGAUUGCGCAAAUCGUUAGGGACGAAUAUCUGACCGAGGAACAAGCAGCGAAGUUCCAACAUCCCGAAACGGGCAUAAUUCGCCAGAUUAGAAAAGCGACAAAUAACAUCACUCAUACUUUCCACGACAAACAUAAUAAAAGGCCGUACGAUAAAGAGAAGUUGAAGGAGCUAUUACUUGAGUUUAGAAAUGCCGUGGGAGUCUACAACGAAGCGCUCAGUGUUCUCACCAAAAGCGGAUCACUAGCAAAGAAUUUAGACAAUAAGCAUUCACUAUCGUCUAAGCUCGUCAGAAUGGUUCUUCAGCAAGUCUACGACCGAGCAGUAUCCCCUCAAGUUGACUUAACUAGAGAAUACGAGAACGGCACAGAUUACGUCUACGGUGAGCUCACAUUCGCGUUCAUAUCUCGAAUUCUCGAGGCAGAUACUCGUAUGAAAUCCGAUCAAGUUUUCAUAGAUCUUGGUUCGGGAGUAGGAAACGUUGUCAUUCACGCCGCCCUACAAGUUGGCUGCGAAAGUUGGGGCUGCGAAAUAAUGCCCAACUGCUGUAAACUUGCUUCUAUUCAAAAGAAAGAAUUCUUUGCACGUUGUCGGGCUUGGGGUCUCAGCGCCGGAUCUGUUAACCUUGAGGAAGGCAAUUUCCUGGAGAACACCAAGAUUCAUGAGGCGAUGAGGAGAGCUGAUGUUAUCUUGGUCAACAACCAAGUCUUUAACCCUGAUUUAAAUCAAAGUCUUGUGAACUUAUUUCUGGAUCUAAAAGAAGGCUGCAAGAUUGUGAGUUUGAAGACUUUCGUGCCGGAUGGUCAUGUUAUGAAUCAUUAUAAUCAACAUAAUCCGAUCAAUCUAUUACGAGUCGAAAAGAAGACGUUCGCGCAAGGGGAUGUUAGUUGGCAGGGUGGUGGAGGAGAUUACUAUGUUGCUACGAAAGAUAGCAGCAUCGUAGCCAAUUAUCACAAGUCCUUAGAGGAGAGAAAGAGGAGAGAAAGAUGA